AUGCUAUUAAAUCAUUUUAGUUCUACAAACUGCUACAAACUUAUUCGAUCGAUCAAUAAUACAAAAAGAAUUAAUUUUACUAAAAUGGCACUGUCAGAACAAGCAAAGGAACGUCUAGGAAUGGUGUUUGAAGUGGCAAAGACUGUAUUUCACUGGGGAUUCAUUCCAACUGUCCUGUAUUUAGGAUUUAGCAAAGGAUCCGAAGCAAACAUGCCGCCAUUAUCUGUAGCAUCCUUAUUAUGGCAAUAA